GAGUAUGGAAGUCCUGCCAUGUGCCAGAGUGGCUCACAUCGAGCGUACCAAGAAGCCCUACAACAAUGACAUAGAUUACUACGCUAAGCGCAAUGCCCUGCGGGCCGCUGAGGUGUGGAUGGAUGAAUACAAAUCCCACGUCUACAUGGCCUGGAACAUUCCCAUGAACAACCCUGGGGUUGAUUUCGGGGAUGUCUCGGAGCGCUUGGCCUUAAGGAAGAGGCUACAGUGUCGGAGCUUCCGCUGGUAUCUUGAACACGUCUACCCAGAGAUGCGGAUCUACAACAACACCAUUACAUACGGCGAG